GAAAUAUUUAUGUAAUUAGCAGUCCAAGUGUCUUUAACUUGUUUUUCUUUAAGAUUUGUAUGUUUUUGUUUGUUUAUUUUGUUUUUAAACAGGAGCACCCCGGCUAAAAUGUCAAGAACUCUUGAAUUAUAUAAUGGAUACAGUGAAAGAUUCAUCUAAUAGAGCCAUUUAUGGGGCCGAUUGCAGCAACAUAUUGCUGAAGGACAUUCUUUCAGUAAGGAAGUAUUGGUGUGAAAUAUCUCAGCAACAGUGGCUAGAAUUAUUCUCUGUGUACUUUGAGCUGUAUCUUAAACCUUCACAGGACAUUAAUAGAGUUUUGGUGGCUAGAAUAAUUCAAGCUGUGACCAAAGGAUGCUGUUCACAGACUGAUAAAUUAGAUCGUAAAUUUCUGAAUUGGGAUUUUUUUCCUAAGGCUAUUCAGCAAGCAAGACAAGAAAAGAGCUCUGCAGGCCUAAAUCAUAUCUUAGAAGCGUUUGUUAUCUUCCUCAAGACUUUGGCUGUUAACUUUCGAAUUCGUGUGUGUGAAUUAGGAGAUGAAAUUCUCCCUACUUUGCUUUAUAUUUGGACUCAGCAUAGACUUAAUGAUUCCUUAAAAGAAGUAAUUAUUGAAUUAUUUCAACUACAAAUUUAUAUCCAUCAUCCAAAGGGAGCCAGAACUCAAGAAACAGGUUCUUAUGAAUCAAGAAAAUGGAGAAGUAUCUUAUACAACCUGUAUGACCUACUAGUUAAUGAAAUAAGUCAUAUAGGAAGCAGAGGGAAAUAUUCUUCAGGAGCUCGUAAUAUUGCUGUCAAAGAAAACUUGAUUGAAUUGAUGGCAGAUGUUUGUCACCAGGUUUUUAAUGAAGGUACCAGAUCUCUGGAAAUUUCUCAGUCGUAUACAACCACACAAAGAGAAUUUAGUGAUUGCAGUGCACCUUGCAAAAAGAAGAAAAUAGAAUUAGGCUGGGAUGUAAUAAAAGAUCAUCUUCAGAAGUCACAGAAUGAUUUUGAUCUUGUGCCUUGGUUACAGAUUGCAGCUCAGUUAAUAUCAAAAUACCCUGCAAGUUUCCCUAGCUGUGAGCUGUCACCGUUGCUAGUGAUACUGUGCCAGCUUCUGCCUCAGCAGCGACGCGGGGAACGGACGCCGUAUGUGUCGCGAUGCCUUAUGGAAGUUGCACUGUGUCAAGGCAAGAAAUCGGACCUCGGAAGCUCACAAAAGUCAGAUUUAUUGAAACUCUGGAUUAAAAUUUGGUCUAUUACCCUUCGUGGUAUAAGUUCUGAACAAAUACAAGCUGAAAACUUUGGCUUACUUGGAGCCAUAAUUCGAGGCAAUUUAGUUGAAGUUGACAGAGAAUUCUGGAAAUUAUUCACUGGAUCAGCCUGCAAACCUUCACGUUCUGCAGUAUGCUGUUUGACUUUGGCAUUGACCACCUGUGUAGCCCCAGAAACAGUAAAAACAGGAAUGGAGAAGAAUAUAUGUGAUGUAAACAGAAAUUUUUCUUCAAAAGAAUUGAUGAUGAAAUGGCUUUUAUUCUGUCAGUUAGAGGAAGACUUUGAAGACAGUACAGAGCUGCCUCCAAUUCUUCACAGUGAUUUUCCUCAUCUUGCCCUGGAGAAAAUUCUUGUGAGUCUCACUAUGAAAAAUUGUAAGGAUGCAAUGAACUUUUUCCAAAGUGUGCCAGAAUGUGAGCAGCAUGAAAAAAGUACGGAAGAACCUUCAUUCUCAGAAGCUGAAAAACUGUUUCUUCAGACGACUUUUGACAAGAUGGAUUUUUUAACCAUUGUGGAAGAGCAUGGUAUAGAAAAGCACCAAUCCAGUGUAGGGUUUUCUGUCCACCAGAAUCUCAAGGAAUCACUGGAUCGCUGUCUUCUGGGAUUGUCACAACAGCUUCUAAAUAACUACUCAUCUGAGGUGAGGUUUUCAAAAAGGACUAAAACCUGUAUUUGAUUCCACCUUGGCAGACUGUCAGGAAGGAGAAAUAGGGGCAGGAAAGGCACUACAGGUGGUGAGAAGCUUAAUUUUAAAAGUGAAAUGAUCACACGUGGCUACAAAUGGGGAAAAUUUAACA